UAACCAGCAAGAGUCGUUGACGGUUGUGUGUGCGUGCGUUCUCGUAAACAUUGUUGUAUGGUGCCCGUUUGUUUAAAAAGGAUUUUUUAAUUUGCCUGUGUUUAAUGGAGGACGUGAAUAAACAUUUUUUCGUCGUGAGAGUUUUGCUUUGUUAAUUAAAAAGGAAAGGACGAAGCUGGACUGACGGUGGUAAUCCCUGGGACCAGACGCGCACACACGCUCAACACCUGAGCAGGUCCUGUGACAUACUCUCGGCAUCGCCUGACGCGUUCAGAUGGUGAACGGAGAGACGGAAAAACUGUCUCUUCUCUGCACAUACUAAGGCGUUGACGGUUUUCCAGCCUUGCAUGUGAAACGAGCUGCCAUUGGCCAAGAGCAUCCGUGACGUCGCACUGCAACCCACGCCAUAGGCUCGAAGAAUCCAUGACAUCACCCUCGCCGCUGUGAUUGGCGGGAUCGUUAACGGUGACAUCACUGGGCUGGAAGAAAGGCAGAGAGCUGAUUGGUCGAGGCGGGCCAUGACAUCAUCACCUGUACUGGCUGUGUGGGACUUUUCGCUUUCAUAUAGCGAGGUGCAUGUCAAUGGCGAGGACAGUUGAGAGGAUGCAGUGAGCGAGACUGAUGCGAUAACCGCUGAUCGUUGGAUCGUGUUACCGUUGCUGUAUCUCUUGCGAAGGAAAAGGAAGUGUUAAUAUGCAAAACACAAUCGAAACUAAGAAGUGGUUUUAGAGGUCUCAAAGGAAGAUUAUUUUUUGAAGUGUUAAUAUUGAGUUUGCAGUUUACCUGUAGCCGUUAUGCGUGAAAAGGUGUUGAUGAAUUUGAUAUAAUAAAAGGAAGGAUUAAUCCGCCGCUGACGCCGAAAUCUGGAAUCUGGUAACAACAUUACAGGCCGUGCUGGAAGCGAGUGACCGAAAAGAUAUUCAUUCCCCUGGAAGCCUGUAGAACCAGUUGAUGCGAAGCGUGUGCAGGGUUGCAGGUUGUGUUUGAUAUAAGCUCAGAGAAGAAGGAGUUCCUGGGUUUAGGGUUUUAAGAGUUUCAAGGGUUAUUUCUCUUGGUCUUUUGGGUCUGAAAAUACAAGAGGAAGACCCACCUGAAGAAGCCUGAAAUGAAGAUGUUUUGAGCAACCCAUCGCAAGAACCUCCUCCUUUCAGACUCGCAUCCGGAUGACUCAGUGACACCUCUUCAAAAAAACUGCGUUCUUAGGAUGUGUCAAGGAAGCCCCGACUGUUCAGGUCAUUGUGGGGACAGUGUGAGACCUUCUCCUGCAGAAGGCAGCGGCGAAAACAUCACCAACAACAAUAACAAUAACAACACCACCAGCAACAGCAGUCACACCAGCAACAGCAUCAUUCAUCACCACCACCACCAGGAAGGCACCCACACCAUCGCCAAAGUGGCUCCAGCCGCCCCAAUCCGCGCUGGAAGCAUGACCAGCGCCCACGCCCACAACCUUAACAACAGAAACAGCAUGACGCUGGGCGCCGUCAGAGGGUGUUCCACCCUCAACGAGGUGGGCGUGGCGAGACACUUGCCACACUACGCCUCCACGCCCCACCUCUUCGUCUUUCAGGCUGCGGAGGACGAGGACGAGGUGGACAAUAUUCCUCCCAAGGAGCCCAAGGAGCCGAUCUAUUCCUCGGCCAUCGACAUCAGGAAAGUCGUCGCCGCCCACGAGGUGGAAGCGCUCCGACGCAUCAAUGAGAAGUACGACUCCCUGAAGGCGCUGACGGACCGCCGAGACGACCUGGACGACCCCCUCAGUGUGACCGACGACGACGUCGCCCGGAUCGAGACGUCCUUCCGGGGCCACAAGACCCAACUGUGGGUCUGUCGCACCCUGGCCAACUUGUACAGCGAGGGGGGCGCGGGGGCGUCUCACGGGACGUGGGAGCUGAAGUACACGGGCGUCCCUCUCCUCCUGCUCGACCAGGGAGACACCAAGUCUCGCGACAAGCGCCUCAUGCAGAUCAUCCUGGCCGAGAAGGGCACUGGCUUCGCUCUCUGGAGGGACGUCGUGGAUAACCUGACGUCGUACCGCGCCCAGGAGCCGCAGUUCCACACCCUCUACCUGUCGUCCGACCACCGGCGUCGCAUGGGCCUCUCCUUCAACGACGGCCGCGCCGCCUGCGAGUUCUACAGCCACAUCGAGCGCCUGACGGCGGACCCGGCUAACAUUUCCCUCUCGGGUCCCGGGAAGAAGAAGAACAAGCCCAAGGAGAAACCCGUGAAGUACAAGGCUCCCAAGAAGACGGACAUCUCGUCCCCUUGCAACUUCCAGCACGUGACGACCGUCGACGCCUGCGACAAGCAGAGGUUCUUCUCCCUUCAGGCAUUCUCCAAGAAGAAGGGCGACUCCAUCAUCACCGAGAUUAUCUCGGAGGUGGAGAGGCCCAUAGAACCUCCUAUGGCCAAGGUUUAAGUCGAAGACCGCCAGAGGGAUGACAAGUAGGUAGAAGGGAAGGUGAAAACGACGAGUGUCAAAAAUGUGUGAAUGACAGACGGAAUGCGAAGUGUCAUUGGUGCUAUUCAGUUGGUGCGGGAAAGCGCACGAACUCUCCUUUCUCUGUAGCUAUGGGGAUAUAACGUUUGAUGAUGGUUUCUUCUGGCGAUAAAAUGAGACGUAACUCAACGCAAAGUGUUAUCAAGUGCUGCGUAAGUCUCAUAAGACAGUCUGUUGAUACUUGAAACAAGUGCCAAUACACAGGGAUAAACCUUGCGGCUAGAAAGUGCGCAGUUAUUCGAUGAAGGAAUCUGUACCUCUUCUAUCGUUUGUUUAGAGGCGUGCGCUACUAAGUGCCAGUGCUGGACACUUUAAAGUGUUGAUUAAUAGUAAGAAAAAAAAGGUACUGUGCAAUGCAGACAGAUACAUUGAGAAAAUAGACUGAUAAUAUUAAUGAGGGAUUUGCCUCAGUGCUAGUAUUGUUUAUGGAUAAAUUCUUUUCAUAAUGGAGAUUUUUACAAUACGUGAAAAGCUGACACACUGACUUGACGUGAUACUAUAAUAAAUAAUGAAUGAGAAAUAAUGAAAAAUGAAAGUGCAUUCAUAAGAUCAUUAUUUUUUUUCAUUUAGGAUUCGGUGUUCUGCAGUUGUGCCAUUUUGCCCCUGUUAAGGAGUUGGCCCUUUAAAAGUUUAAAAAAUACUAAAAAAAAAUGUAUAAAUGGCAUAGUCAUUUAGAAGCUGCUGUGGAUGAUUGUCAGUUUUGUAAUAUAAUUGUUUUUCACAAGACGCUUACUGGUUGGUAAUAUAUAUAAUGAUUUUAUGUUCUGUCUCCCAAGUACAUAAUGAUUUAUUUUAUUUUAUUUUUACCCGCCAGCAAUUUGCUGGCUUGUCUUUUCAUUACAGAGUCUAGUUGUAUAAACUUCUGUGUUGUAGUCAAGUAGUUAACGAUGUUAUUGUGAUAUGAGGAAUAUAUUUUUUGCCUUUAGCCAGCAGUCUCCUACUACAUUUUUUGUAUGAAUUAUGUAAUAUAUAUAUAUAUAUAUAUAUAUAUAUAUAUAUAUAUAUAUAUAUAUAUAUAUAUAUAUAUAAACCUGGCUCGUAUGUAACUAUCCAUUGAGAUACAAGGUUUGUUGCUACGUUCAGGGCUAAGUCCAAUUCUCCCUAAUCCCUUUUUUUUCUUGCCUUCUUCGGGUCUGGGCAGGAACCGGGGAAUUAUGCUUCCCUUCUAGCCUCGCCUGACCGUAUUAAGAAAAUAUUUCAAGGGUUCCUCUUUGACAUUUAUGGCAUUAAUUUCAUAUGAGUAUAUUUUUAUUUUUGGUCUUGUGUUCGUAUACUUCACUUACUUCAUUAUUUCCUUGUGUUGGGUAUGGUUACUGCAGUUCUCUCUCUUUUUGAAUUCAAUUUGAAAAAUCGAAUGUUGGUCUGGUAGAUGUUUGUAUUUAAUGGAAAUUGCCUGCUCGGUUUUCUAAUGAGCAAAUUUCUCCGUUGAUGUAUUUUAGAAAAUUCAUUGUAUUUCUGACUUUAUAAAAGUUCAGCGUUGUCUUUCAGUCGAUUUCUGGUUAGGCCAGGACUGAAAUAGUACUUUUACCAUUUGAUAUACCUACAUGUAAAAACUCUUUCACAAAAAAACAUUCCUUUCCUCCUUAGAGCUUCUUUUCAGAAAGAUUCGUGUUUAUCCUUCGAAUACUUUUGCGCCAUUCAAACAGAUUCCAUUUUGUAACAUCAGCAGCUUGUGUCAUGGAUGGCAGAGUUGUGUAAAGGAUGUUGUGUAAAAGAAUUUUGCCGGUAAUCCCAAGGAUGACCUCAGCAGUACAAAGGAUGUUUUUAUCACUGUACUGCAGGUCCUUUAAAUAUCUCACUAUCUCGCAAGACCUUUUGAAGAUAAUAAGUCCUUUGCGUUGUAAAGUUCACCAUCCUCAAUUUGUCUUAAAAAUUUUUUUUUUGCGUCUCAUAACCUCUACUGUACAACUUUGAUAUUGAAACUUGAAAAAGAAAAAAAUUGCGUUCGAGAAACCGUGUUUGCAUGCAUCGUCUCGGUAAAGCGUCGGCUUCAAGGAAUGCCCGUUCUGAAAUCUACCUUUGUACGUUUUGUAUUUUUGUGAACAUUUUUACGGUCUCGGUUUUGUAUGAUAUUGAAAUCGAAAUUCUUAGUGAUACAGUGGUAGACUGUUAAUGUCUUAGAGGUAAAGAUCGGUGUUUAUGAAGCAAAAAUAGACAAACAUUUUGGAGCCGAGGCCCGUUCCAGAGUCAUUCAAGCAGGUAAACGAAUGAAGCGGGUAUGAGAGGUGCGGCUCAGCGAUGGUUGGCUUCUUGCCAAGAUUACGAGAGGAGAGGGUAACAAAACACAAGCUUGGUUCUCUAGGUUCGCCGUCACGAGUUUAUCGUUUUUAUUUCAUUUUCCUUUCUCUGAUCACUUUAUUUACUUCCAUAAAGGCCAAUGUUUAGUUUUUUUACUUUUUUAUUGUUUACGCCGCAAGGAGGAUUUGAUUCGCAAUUUCAAAGGCUUGCGUCCGAAAGCCACUCCUUUGAUUUCGGGGAAAAUUACCUGUUGUUCCUUUUAGUUCAACAUGUAGCGAUCGAAAGUCCCGCCCCACGUGUGCUUCUGUAUUUAAUUCCUUCAGAUAUAAUAACUAAAGUAAGCGAGCCUCGCUUAAAACCAUCUUUAUAGCUUCAGGAUAUUGUAAGAUAUCGGGUCCGCUGAGAAUACGUAUUUAUAGCAAAUUACGUCAGUAGGAAACUUUCCACGAGCAAGUUUUUGUUAGAAUCAGUUUUGUUGUAUACGUAUUUCACACUGAUUCUUGUGACAUGACUACUUAAAGAAUGUAUAAUCUGUAUGUAGAUGUCACAAUAAAAACGGUGUUAUUGCUUUCAUCUAAUGAAAUUAAAACAUGAACUGAAGUACGAUAUCACAUAAAAGAAUUAACACAAAAUCUUUCUGAAUGGAAGCUUCGCGUCCACAGGUAUUGUCUUUGGGUCCAUUACACAUCUUCGUACCUGAUCUCUGAAAACUAUCUUACUCGUCUCCUGUGUGAAAUUUAAAUAUUUUCUAUUUUCUUUCGACAUUCCCAAUUAUACCCCUGAUAGCAGCUGAGUGAAGGUUGAAGUUCAACAGAACGUAAUAUAAUCUAAUCAUAUAAAUAACAUGUAAAUAUAUAGUAUAUCUCUCCAUUUCGUAUUUAUCCAUGUCAUUAAUUUAAACCCAUUUUGAAAGUGUUCGAGUGUAUCAGCUCUGCAGCUUUUUACACUUUAUGUUGAAACCAUUGAAUGUGUCAAGAGGAGGAGCCAUAUGUUCGUCUCAGUUGAUUCAUGCAGCUUUUCAUGAAGGUGUACAGUGUAAAUAAACAUUAUAUGGAUUAC